AUGGAGAUGCCUCAGUCUGACAAGGGGUGGUCCUCUGCAAAGCUCACUAAUGACCAGGCGACGUCGGUGCUGGAGAAGAUGAACGCCGACAUGAAGCAGGGCAACACGAAGGCGGCGAAGCUGACAGGAGCCAUGCUCCUGAGGGAGUUCCUGAUGCUGCGGGUGGCUCCGCUUCAGGCGCGCUUGCGCCCCGUGUGGAUGCUUGGGGGUGAAGAAGACAAGAUUUGCCUGAGUCCAGGCACCCUGUCUGACGAGGAGCUGGCUGUAGCUCUCCGCCUCCUGGUCGGGGACGACCAAGAGUAUCUGCCGAGUGCCACCGUUCCCUUGUUCCGUCGCAAGGACGGGGCACAGGUUGUGGCCGCCAUGACCUCCUUCGACGAGCGUGGCCUGGUGCCGCCGGUGCCCCUUGUGGUCCCGGAGGCGACGGCGCUGGUUGACGUGUCUUCUGACGGCUCCCACAAGGGGGAAGAAGAGGAAGACGAAGAGCGCGACACGGAAAUGACUCCUGAGGGGAUGGGGGAGACCUCCCCCCUGAGCAAGGCCGACAUCCACCGCACCCUUCCUGACGACGAUGGGGCCGACGUCCUCCAGGAGAAGGAGGAGCCGCCCGCGGUCCCGACGAGGGGCAGGUCGGCGCUGAUCUCCCGAGACGCUGCUUCUGCUCCAACACCGCCUGGAGCUGCUUCGGGCCCAUCUGUUGUUCCUUCCUCUGCCCCUAGAGUCCGUGCGCCCGCGCCCCAGGCUGGGAGGAUUUCGGUCUUCAAGCUUAGCAAGAGGAGGGUGGACUACACCAUGGUGGACCAGCCGACACCUGCGGCGAAGAAGAGGAAGGAGGAGGCGGUGGUGCCGCUCGGGGCCAACGCGCCUACUCCGGCUGCGUCUCCCUCUGUGGAGAAGGGCAGCGUUGGCGCUCAUGUCUCUCCGCCUCGGUCGUCCUCACGAGGCUUGGGGAAGGAUCCUCGGGAGGAGUCAUCCCCUGUGGCACCACUGGCUCCGAAGGCACCGGUGUCCGGCUCGGUUGCUGAGGUCUCCAAGGCUCAGGAGCCCCCAGUCUCCCAUGCCGUGGUGACGACACCUUCUCCUCCUCCUCCCGCUGCACUGCUGAUUCCAGGUCCUUCUGCCUCCCCUGAUGUCUUGGAGCGCGCCCUUUUGGAGAUGGCCCAGCUGAGAGAAGAUCUCCAGGGCGCCGACUCCCGCCUGGUAGCCGGGCGCCUGGAGCUGGUCUCUGGCUGGCUUCAUUCUGACGCGUCUGUUCGAGCGACGCUAAGCCAGGCCACGGCGACUUCCGAGAGGGAAAAGCAGGCUGCCGCCCAAGCAGCUGCUGCUCACGAGGCGGCGCUGAAGGACGUCGAGGCCGCUUAG